AUGGAGUGCAAUAGUUCCAGUUCUAAUUUAUCCUUAGUUUUUGAAGAUAGUACCAAGGCGGGAAUUCCGGAAAAACCAUUAAAGAAGACUGAGGAACGUGAAAGAACUUAUAGUUUUUCAAACGAGUGGGAAAGUGAGAUAUUUCAGAUUAGAAUAGAUAAAGAACCGUGUUACUGCCUGCUUUGUGGAAAAAGGAUUUCGAUGAAUCAGAAGCGAAAUCUAAAAAGGCAUUUUGAUACCUGCCAAGCUGAUGUUGAUCAUUCGCAUCCUUUGGGAAGUGCACUGCGCGCAGAAAAGUUACAACAACUGAAAGCUGAAUAUUCUCAACGCUGUGGGAAGGUAAAAAAUGAAGAUAUUGUGAGUACUAAUCCUCAUGAUUCUUCUAGGUGGUUUCCAGAUGAGGAUAACCGAAGAGAUUUUGUGAACAUUGUACAAAACACGCAUCUUUCUCCUGCUACAGUCACGAGAAGAGUGAAUGCUAUGGCAGAUAAUGUUCACGAACAGCUUAAUAUUGACCUCAAAAAAUGUGUUUGUUUUUCAAUUAAGUUAGACGAAUCGAUAGAUAAGUCUGAUACUGCUCAGUUAGUUGUGAUGAUUCGCUUCGUACUUGAAAAUGGCAGUGUUUAG